UAAUUUCAAACACAAAUUUCUGUGGCAACCGAGUAUCGAGUUGCGCUAUUUAAACGUCAUAGUUUGACACUGACAGUCCGACAAUAGCCCCGAACAAAAAUGUCCAGUUGAAUGAAUACAUUUACAGUAAAUUACUGGUAGUUUUAAAUUAUUUCGAGCUCCAUUCAAGUGCAGCAAUUAUGUGUGAUGAAAGCGAAGCGGACCAGUUAUUAGGACCGCUUCAAGCGGCUUUGGACGCGCUGAACAGGAUCGAGGAUGUGCAAGCGUUGAUGUUGAAGUUGGAGUCUCAAAAUAAGAAAAAACUGUUGAAAAAGGUGAAAAGCAUCGCUUCCGACGUGUAUGGUAGGGCCAGCUUAAUCAAAGAGACUGUCUCGAAAGCGUAUAAACGGAGCAAAGUGGGCGAGGUUAACAAAGAACCCUCUGAAGUUGUGGAAGUAAAUGGAACUGAAGAAGCAAGAUAUAGUCCAGUGCUGAAGCGGUCCAAAUGGCUCAGAGGUGCUGGAAAAGCGACGGUAGAACCGGCAAAGGCUGAGAGUAGCGAGGCUGCGGCAGCUCCAAUCAGGGCAGCAGAGCCAGCUGCCCAACGCAAUACUAGCACAGACAUACUCCCAGAAACUGACCCCUUGGAAGCACCAGCUUGUGCAACCCCCAAAACGCCUGUGCUACGUGAAGACAACAGUGAAAACUCCCCCGAGGCCCAAGUGGGAACCAAUCCACAACAAGCGGACACCAUCAACAGUAUUCCGAAAAUCAAAGUAGUCGAUAUAAACAAGCUUCUAGCUCCCAAAGAGGAUACAGAGGACAGUCCCACAGUAAAGGGCAGAAAGUCGGUCACUUUCGACAGUUCAGUAGAGGUCCUGACCAGUUCAGAUGAGGACACUCCGAAAAAGAACCCCAAAGAGAAGGACUUGAGCCCGUUGAAGAGUGUCCUGAGGAAGACCGCCUCAAGCCUGGUGAUUGAUUUGAGUGAUUCAGACUCGAAGGAGAAUAAUGAAAACUUGAAGAACACAAGAAAAACCCAUGUGAAGCAACCGGUUGCGGACAAAUCUUCAGAAGAAUCCGACUCCGACCACUAUUCCAGAAGCAAACGCCAGAGGCGCCAAGUAAAACACAUGAAAAGUAAAUUCACAGAGUUAAUCGAGCGCAGAAGGACCAGAAUAACUCAAGAUAAUUUGUCCGAUGAAGAGAGCACUAAAGACAGGAAAACGCCCCUCAAGGAGAAGAGCGCCAAGAAGCGCAAAAGACGGGAGGAAAACGAAUCGGAUGGAUCAUCAGACGAAAUUAACCAGCCGGACACGAUGACCGCUCUGCCAGACCCCAAAAUCCACUGGAAACUUUAUAUUCCGCUUCCAAAGUUCGCUUGUGAAGAGCUGCCCGCACUGUACACAAAGCGCAAGGAAGUUUUCCAGGCGGCGAAAAAUGCCCGGCAGGAAACAGGGAACAGGAAACUCAAGCUGACGUUGAAACUCAACAAGACUCAUGGGGCAAAAGGCGAAGCCUCAGACCAAACCACGACAGUGAACCAAGAGAGUGAGGCUUAUACAGGGGACAAACCGGAACGAGCGAGCGCUAUCGAGGCCAGUGCGGAAGCGAAUGAGGCACAAACAACUAGCGCCAAUGAAAAUCCAGACGUGGAUUCAACCUGCACCGAACAAAAGUCCUUGAUCGGGCAGUCGGACAGCGAGGAUGACGUCGUGCCGCAAACACCAGACGAGCAUCCAAGCCAAGAAGCUGCUGAAGAAUCCCAAAUAGGCGCCGACACGUCGAAAGUGGCAAGCAGCGACAGCGACGAAGACUUUGCUAAACUGUCGAAGAAAUUCGACUUAAAGUUCAACAAAAAAGUGACGAAAAAGCUGAAGAAGGUUCUCUUCUCGGACUCAGAGUCGGGGAGCGAUCACGCAGAGAACAAGUCGGAGGCCAGCGACUCUGAGCAUGAGCCUGACGAAGAGUCAGAAUCGGAGAGCACAAGCAAACAGGCGGCCAGGGCCCGGAUAAAGAAGCGGGGAAGGGACAGCAGCAGCGACGAUGACGACAAAUCCACCCGAAAACAGAUUCGAAAGAUGAUUGAUCGGGACGAGCUGUCCGAAACCACAAGAGCAGCCGAGGAAAAGGAGAAGCAGCGCAAAGCGCGAAUAGCUGAGAAGCAACGGAAAUACAACCAGUUUCACGAAACGAAGACGGACGCCACUGUCGAUAAAGUGAUUCUGGACUUCGACGAAGACAGCGAGAAGUCGCUGCUGAAUGUGCACGAGAGCCUGGUGGAGCAGCUCAAGCCGCAUCAGGUGCAGGGCAUAAAAUUCAUGUGGGAUGCCUGUUUCGAAUCGCUGGAGCGGGCUCGGAAGGGGAAAGGAUCCGGGUGCAUUCUGGCCCAUUGCAUGGGGCUGGGCAAAACGCUGCAGGUGAUCACCCUCGUGCACACCCUGCUGACCCAUCAGGACAAGACCAAAGUGAAGAAAGUGAUGGUGGUGUCUCCAGUCAACACGGUACUGAACUGGAUCAGCGAGUUCAAAAGGUGGAUCCCGGACAACGACGAGUUUGAGGUGUACGAACUGGUAACCUGUCGAACGUCCGCAAUCAACCAGGAGAGAAGCUACACGGUGAAAUACUGGCACGAGAACGGCGGUGUGCUGAUCAUCGGCUACAACAUGUUCCGGAACCUGAGCAAUCCGGACAAUAAGUCCAUUUCGAAGAAGCUGAGAUCCGUGUUCCAGACGGGGCUAGUGGAUCCAGGUCCGGAUCUGGUGGUGUGCGACGAAGGUCAUCUGUUGAAGAACGAGAAAACGAACCUCAGCAUCGCAAUGAACCGGAUCAAGACCGCGCGCCGGAUCGUGCUGACCGGCACACCGUUGCAAAACAAUCUGAGAGAGUACUGGUGCAUGGUUCAGUUCAUCAAGCCGAACUUGUUGGGCACUUACAAAGAGUAUAUGAAUCGGUUUGUGAACCCGAUCACGAACGGCCAAUACACCGAUUCGACGCAGCACGAUAUCAUGGUGAUGCGAAGGCGCUCGCACGUUCUGCACAAACUUUUGGACGGCGUGGUUCAGCGCCAGGACUACGCCGUUCUGGAACCGUAUUUGCCUCCCAAGCACGAAUACGUGCUGUUCUUGAAACUGUCCGAUCUGCAAACGAAACUGUACAGGCACUACAUGGACCACUUUGCCAGGCGCGGCGACGGUUCCAAUCGGACUUCAUUCCUUUUCACCGAUUUCCAGGAGUUGCAGCGCAUCUGCACCCAUCCCAGGGUGCUGCUGGACAAGAGCAUGGAAGACAGAGACAAGAAAGCCAUUGUUGAUGAUGAAAGCGAGUCGGAAGGAUCGCUGAAGGAUUUCAUUGACGACAGCGAUGGCAAAACGAGCUCAGACGGGACCACGGACUCGGACGAUUCAUGUUCGGAUGCAUCUAUUAGAUCAAGCGGCAGCAUUCAGAGGAAAAAGAAGAAGAAGCGGAAAGGAAAGUCUGCGCCCACAAGGGCGACUCGGCUAACGCGUGCGCAAGCUGCCCAGAACCACAGCGAUGAUGAACUGGUGUUAAUUGAGGAAGAGUCCGGGCCGAGGCAAUGGUGGGAAGAGUACGUGAACAAGACCGAACUGGACAACAUCGAAUAUGGAAGCAAGAUUUUCAUGCUGUUGCAGAUUUUGAAGGAAUGCGAAGAAAUCGGCGACAAAGUAUUGGUGUUCUCGCAGUCGCUCUACGCGCUCAACAGUAUUCAGUACUUUUUGGAGCGGAUCGACGAGGCCACCCAAAACGGGCAAACUGAGAAGGUGAGCGGCUACUCGGGCAGCUGGUCUAUAGGGCUGGACUACUUCCGAUUGGACGGCUCAUCGAGCUGUGAUAACAGGGCGAGCUGGUGCGACCACUUCAACAAUCCCCAAAACACCAGAGCCAGGCUGUUCCUCAUAUCGACCAAGGCGGGCGGUCUGGGCAUUAACCUGGUAGCUGCUAAUCGAGUCAUCAUUUUCGAUGUCUCCUGGAACCCGUCGCACGACAUUCAGAGCAUCUACAGAGUGUAUCGCUUCGGUCAGACCAAGCCGACGUACAUCUACAGAUUCGUCACUUAUGGCGCCAUGGAAAUGAAGAUCUACGAACGGCAGGUGACCAAGCAGGCGAUUUCCAAGCGGGUGAUCGAUGAACAGCAAAUCGACAGGCAUUACAGCCAAAACGACAUACAGGAGCUGUACAAAACCGAUUUGGAUCCGGAUGAGCGGCCAAUCCCAUUGGUGCCCAAGGAUGUGCUGUUGGGCGAGAUGUUGCAAGUGCAUGACAACGUGAUUUACAAGUAUCACGAGCACCAAUCGCUGCUGGAGAACAAGCAGGACGAGCAGCUGAACGAGGAGGAGCGCAAAGCCGCGUGGGACGAGUUUGAAAACGAGAAAAUCAUCAGAAAAACCACCGUUACCAACUUCGCUGCCUUGAACCUCGCCAAUCAAGCCAAUGCGCUGAACCUCUCACCACAAAUGAUCCAAAUGGCGCUGGCCAACAUGGUGCGCAAAGACAACCCCAAUUGGACCCAAAUGCAGAUCAAGAACAUCCUUCCUGGAUUGGUCGCUCAACUACAGAUCCAAUUGUCCGAAAACAACUUUAGCCUGUACCACAAGGUGCAGCAGGAGCUGCGCAUGAUGCAGAUGAUGCAGGCGCAGCGCAUGCACGAGAACAUGUUGAAGCAGUACCAGAUGCAGCAGCUGCUGCAAAACCAACAGGUGGCCAACCAGCUUUUGGGCAACUUGCACAUCACGCCCGAAGAGCUCAGACACAUUCAGUUGGCGCAGGCGGCGUCUCAGGGCUUCCCGCAACCAGGCCGGUCCAACGAGAUCAUUGAUCUGAAUAAUUGACUGUUGGACUUUGGGUGGCAGGUUUAGACCUAUUCACUCAACGACUGUGAACAAUUUUACGGUUUAUCAGUUGGAUUGGGAUUUAUUCACUUUUUUGCAGUUUAUGCAGUGGAAAGUUCCGAUGUUUCCCGUUCAAUGGGCUUCGAAUAUACUAAGCAAAUGUAAA